GUAUGCACGGCGCAUUAUAAAUCCCACACAACGAGAUGACAGCAGCGGCCGAAGCGAGGGGCCUGGCUUGCGAAAAAUAACAAUGUCGAUCAUGGAAAAUACCGAGAUUUCCUGAGGAUUUUGUAUCUCCCCGAACCCCCAGGGCCACAGGGUUGAGGUGUGCAGCAUGAAGCGUUUCCCUUUUAAAAAGGUGCUGGAUGGGCUCACCUCGGGCUCGUCGAAUUCGUCGCCGAAAGGAGAGACCGAAAUCGCAGAGACUCUGAGCUGUGAACAUUUCACCGUAUGCAAGGUCGUUCGCCAUGGAUUUCCAUACGAACCUACGUCGAUGGCCUACGACCCGGUGCAGAACAUCUUGGCCGUCGGCACGAAAAACGGCUCCCUACGAAUAUUUGGCCGGCCUGGUGUGGACUGCCACGUACGUCACGACAGCGACACGGCAGUACUGCAACUCAUGUUCCUUGUCAACGAGGGUGCUCUAGUCAGUGUGUGUGCCGAUGACAGUCUGCAUCUAUGGAACUUACGACAGAAACGACCAGCAAUACUACACUCACUUAAAUUCAACAGAGAAAGAAUAACACACUGUACCCUCCCAUUCCAAAGCAAAUGGCUGUACAUAGGCACAGAGAGAGGGAACGUCCACGUCGUCAAUAUUGAGUCCUUUGUUCUCUCCGGUUAUGUCAUCAACUGGAACAAAGCCAUCGAGCUGUCACGAAAGACCCAUCCUGGGCCAGUUGUUCACCUCAGCGACAACCCAACAGAUGCAAACAAGCUUCUGAUCGGUUUUGAGACGGGCGUGGUGGCCAUGUGGGACCUGCGGACCAGGGCGGCCGAGCAGCGCUUCAACUGCAGCCAGCCAGUGCGCUGCAUCUCCUGGCACCACGAAGGCAAGCAGUUCAUUGUCAGCCACACCGACGGCACCCUGACCACGUGGAGUGUCAAGAAUGCCACCAAGCCGGCAAAUAUCAUCUCGCCGCAUGCUAAAGUGCCUGCCAAGGGGUUGAAGCCUGAGCCAUGCACACCAGUACUCAAAGUAGAGUGGAGGUCAGUGAAGAACGGGGACCCCUUCAUUCUCUUUUCGGGGGGUUUGCCGUACGAGAAGGCCAGCAGUACUCCCAGUAUCACCAUCAUGCAAGGCAAGACCACCACCGUUCUCGAAAUGGAGCACACCGUCGUGGACUUCCUGUGUCUGUGUGACAACCCCUGGCCAAGCAAUCCCCAGGAACCAUAUGCUGUAGUGGUCCUUUUGGAGAGUGACCUCGUGGUCGUUGACCUCACAUCACAAGGGUAUCCGUGCUUUGAAAACCCCUAUCCCAUGGACCUUCACGAGUCCCCAGUCACCUGUGUGCAAUACUAUUCCGACUGUCCCUCGGAUCUCAUACCGCACCUGUAUUCCGCCGGCUCAAAUAGCCUGAACAGGAAGAAGCAGUUGUACAGUAAAAAGAACUGGCCAGUCAAAGGAGGAGGCUGGGGAAGUGUACUCUUACGGUGUGAAUCCACACUUCUGUACACGUGUAUUGUUUUGAUUGUGUGCAGGCAUGCAGAUGGUACCGUCAAAUUCUGGGAUUCCUCUCAAGUCAUGCUCCAAGUUCUCUACAAGCUCAAGACGGCUAAGGUCUUCGAGAAGCAGAAACAGGCAAGGAGCCUGGACGGCGAUGAGGAGCCCUUUGCUAUCCAGAUGGUCAAGCUGUGCCAGGAGAGCCGGCUGCUAGCUGUGGCCGGGGCCAGCGGCCAUGUCAUACUGUACCGGUUCAGCAGGCUGGAGGUCACCACUGAGUUGACGGUCCUGGAAAUUGCCAUCGUCUACGAGCCCGAAGAACCAGACACCCCCGAGGCUGAGACCCCACCCCCUCCCCCGCCCACCCCACUCAAGCGCAACACCAGCACUAUCAGCGCAAGUUCCAUCGCCAGCGCAGUCAGCAGCCAGCAGGCGGCUCCAACCAGCCAGGCUGCGGGGGCAUCGGGUGGAGCCACGGCAGCGGCGGGGGGCGGUGGGUCAGGGGGCACCGGUGCCCAGGCCACCAGCACCAGUUCCGGGGAGGGAAUCCGGGACAACGUGCCGAACUUGAAGGUCAAAGGAGGACCUCACAAGCGAGCCGCUGGUUUCCAGCCAGAUCUUUGCUGUCAGCUGGUCUGGGUGGAUGGAGAGGCACCAUCUACUAUUACUACAGUGGAGAUCAACUCUUGCUAUGGCCUCCUCGCGUUUGGCACCACGACGGGCCUGGUCAUCGUCGACUUCCUCCAGAAGACCUGCCUCCUGAACAUGGGCACCCCGGACCUGUACGGCUCGGCUGACCCUUACACGCGCACCCCCCGCUCCCCCAAGAAGACCAAGCCCCAGGGGCUGGGCGACAUUGUGGAGCAGUACAUGGCAGACCCCGAGAGGUGCAAGUCGCCCACGGGUAGCAGCACGGAACAGCAGAACGGUGUCUGCGUUAGCCCCACCAGCUCCAACAGCACCCGCAAGCAAGGCCGCAACAACCACGACCCAGCCCAGCUCAAGCGCAGUAAGUCGCAGGGCUCUCGCAAGCUCAUCUCCUGCAAGGCGCAGUCGGUCUGCUCGGACUCUGGCAACUGCGGGCCGGGGGAAGCUGCCCCAAACGGUUCUCCGCCCACCCCUCCACCCAGUCCGAAGGAGGGGCCCAAGGAGUCCAACCCUGCCCAUUCCCACUUCAGCCAGCUCAUCAAAUUUGUUGUUGCUGGUCUUAGCAUGAACCCAUCAGUUCUUCACGUGCCGUAUCGCAGUGAGGGCUCGUUCACCAGAUCGAGGAGCUCCAGCAUGUCCAGCCUUGAGAAGGAGGCUAGAGAGGGCGUCCAGUGUUUGACCUUUGCGGAAUCCUACACCAGGAAAACAGAGUCUGUGACCUCACCCUGCAUCUGGGUGGGGACCACCCUGGGCUCGGUGCUUGUCAUCGUCAUCAACCUGCCACCCUGGGGGGAGCAGAGGUACACCCAGCCCGUCAUUGUCACCCCGAGCGGCACUAUCUUGCGCCUGAAGGGCAGCACCUUGCUGAUGGCUUUCCUAGAUUGCAACGGUAGCCUGAUCACCCCACCCUACGAGCCCUGGAAGGACGUGAGCCGAGAGACCAAGGACAGUCGAGACAAGAGGCCGCCAUCGUUACAGCGCAUGCGGAUGUCGCCCUCGUCCUCCACUGAAAUUGCAGACCGGCAAUUUGUCGUCAUCUGCUCCGAGAAGGAAGCUAAGGUCAUAUCACUUCCGUCACAGACUUGUGCAUAUCGAGUCAAAGUGGCCGAGUCCUCCUAUGUUGUCCGGGCAGACGUCAUCAGUUUGCAGAAUAGCGUUUGUCUGGCCUGCUACGUUGCCAAUGGCCACAUCAUGGCCUUCAGCUUGCCCAGUUUCCGGGUCCUGCUCGACCACGACUACCUUCCACUGACUGAUCUCAGGAUUGGCCGGACAUUCCAGUUUAGCUCCCACGGCAAGGGGAUUUACCAAGCCAGUCCGACAGAACUCCAACGGAUAACGAUAUGCAGCGAGGCAAGUGAGAACCUCCACGAUAUGCUGGGCGACCUUUUCCUUCCCGUCAACACUCCCGAAGCACCCAGUAAAGGCUUCUUCAAGGGGCUGUUUGGGGGUGGCAGCAGCACUUUGGACAGGGAAGACUUGUUCGGUGAGUCAAGCGGUAAGCCGUCUCGUAGCAUAGCCAGGCACAUACCAGGUACCGGUGGCAUUGAAGGAGUCAAGGCUAACUCAAGCUCAGCCGCUGGGGAGCUGUACAAAGCACGCAUUGCACUGCAUGAGAGAGGCGAGAAACUGAGCGAGCUGGAGGAACGCACGGCCCAGAUGAUGGCCAGCGCCGAGAACUUCUCCCAGGCCUCCCACCAACUUAUGCAGAAAUACAAGGACAAGAAGUGGUACCAAUUUUGAUGUACUAGGGGAACCGGCCUUGGUGCUCGGGGGACCAGUCGGAGCCAACCUUGUUGAUGAAGCCGAUGUAAGGGAGGAAAAAAAACAGAGAGAAAAUACAUUUAAAAAAACAAAGCAAAGAAAUCGGAUGAUUUUUUGUGCCAGGGCAACAGUUCCACCCGAGAAGGGGGCUACGAUGCUGAUUUUUUCUGCUUCGGAAUUCCAUCUGAAUGACUGGCGGUUGGACGAUGGAGAGCAGAAGAUCUUGCUGGAUAAAAUAAGAGAGUACGAAAAUUACUAAAAGCAAUUUGUGUGAAAUUUCAGUGGAAGAUAGAACGGAUGAGGAAAUAAUUCCUGAAUGUGAUCUGGGUCAGGCAUAUUGCCAAGAAUCAGGAUGGGGUAGAAAGCAGUCUGGGGCCGUGCUGAAGGUUGUAAACUUUUGGCACAGCAUUCAGAAGUUUUGAAGCUUGCAUGCAGCUCUUAGGUUACUUUAAACGGUAUUCCAGAUCGCCGGCGAAGCGUAUGAUUCCUGAAACAACGUUUUCAAGAAAUUCAAAUGGAAUGUAAAGAUUCACAGUUUAUUUGGAUUGGUUUCGUUGGCCGCACUGCUGCACAAAUUCCGUGUUCGAUUUGAUUUUCUGCCAUGUUUUAAGCUCAAUUUUCUUUAAAAGUUUGCACCGGGUAAAGAAACCUCCAGGGCAAAAACAAAUGAAACUGUAAGAAUUUUGAGGAUAGGUGUCACACAACAAAUGAAUCCUAUCACUCGUAGAGUUUUUUGUUUUUUUUUUGGUGCCGUACUGCCUGGAACUGGUGUUUGGUGGCGGGAGAUUGUGUGAAAACUAAACGACCGACAAAAAGGGGAGCAGGAAAUGGCAUUAAGGGCCUGAGCCUCGGAAGCGGUUCGGACAGACGACGGAAGUGGCGUUACGAUGGGACGAUAAUGCUGAGUGGCAAGAGCAAAGCGCAUUUAACAAUUAAUCAUUGACAUUGCUAAACUCGGUUGACAUUCCAGUGUUUGGGUCAGACACGACUCCCUCAGCACGUUGUACCAUUCUUUUCAUUGUGCAUGCAUUCCGUAGCUCAGCUGGUGUCGGUUUUUAAACUAAACAAGAAAAAUUCCACUCGUUUGAAUCGUUAGUGUCCGAGUUCGAGAUCUUAAAACAUUCCAUGACUAACUUUUUUCCUGCUUGUUCCGGACUGUCUGAUUGUCAAUUCUAGUGAAAAAUAUGAUAAUGUGAGUUAUGUUCGUGCGGAUGUGUUGGAAGGUCAGUUCUCUGUUCCUACAACGUAGCUGUGUCCAGGUCUGAAUAAAAGCUUAACAACUGAUUUGAUAUAUUUUAUUUUGUUGUGUAUAUAUAAAUAUAUAUAUAAAUGUACUGGAGGCAUUUUUCUGUAGUUAUAGUGUAGAAAAGUACAAAUGUGGACUCCAAUUGUUCUUAGGGUAAACGUGCAAUAGGCCUUGGAUUUGUUAUCGCUGAUUAUCGCUGAUCGAUUAUCCUCUUCACGACUUUUAAAAACAAAAGACACAGCUUCUUCGUUUAAAAGAAAAAAAAAUUGGAAAGAGGUGACGACCGGAUGGUCUCUGCUUCAAAAAAAAAAAAAAAACCACUCAAAAAUGAAAGUAAUAUAUCCAGUGAGUUUAAGUAAUUUUUUUGUUGGUAACAUCGCCGUUCCAAAGCAGAAAUUGUAAAUGAGUGAUUGCAUUUCUAAUUAUUGUCGACUGUGAACGUAUUAGACAAUGAAGAUAGUGGUACCACUUGGUACGCUAGCUAGACAGUUUUUUCGUACUUUUGACAGAGGCAGCUUACCGACAGAUAGUUAAAAAAAAGAAAGCUUGCCUCGUGUAAAUAGACUAUGGGAAAAAUAUAAAACAAUAAACAUUAAGAAAUGAAAUGAUUAUGAGUAUAUAUGACUGUAUAGAAACGUUAACUGGAAAAGAAAACAUGUUUUAGACUAGAGGACUCAGCUGCGAAUUAAAUUUUAAAAAUUAAGUACAGCUACAUAUAUAUGAAUAUAAAUAUAUAAAUAUCUUAUUUGCUUCUCACUUGACGGAGGCAUGUAUUCGGGUCUGGUACACAUAUGUUGCUGUCCUGUCUACCUAUUAUACCAUGAGACAGUGUUAUAUUCUAACGGCAUAUAUCACCACACAUUGCCAUAUCAAGCGUAUGUUACCCGCCUGCCUAAAAUGACAUUUCUAGUAACGAUAUGGCGACAGACUACCUACAAAUAAGCGCUUCAAGAUCUGUGAAUCUUGCUGCCUGGUAAGUGCAGAUCUGGAGAUUUUUUUUUUUGGUUACAUUAUCUGGCAAUGUACAGUAUGGAGACUCCAUUGUUUUUUUUCACAUAGAUGUAAAUAGGAAUUUUGUGUAGCCGAGUUCUGUAACGUGACGGUGUCAGAUUUGUCCUUGAUUUUCCUCUUUUUAUUUGUAUGGGUGUGCUUGUGUAGGUGAUCAGGUCUCACCAAGAGCUCUCCUCAAAAAUGCAUUGUUCAUGAAUAGUUUAAGUAACUGCCGAGUGUUAACCAAAAAUGUACCAAAUCUCAACUGCAAUGAUACACCAAUAUAUUGUUUCAGCUGUAAUAUAUACCUUUUGAUUUAAUGCUAAACAUUAUUCGUUCACUGCAGGGUUAUGUUGCCGCUAUUUGAAAUUGUGAAAGGCCAGCAAAGCCCACACAUUGCACGAGUAGUGGCAGCCAUUGAUGAAUUGUUUUUCCAUUUAAAGUUUAGUGUUUUGAUUGGUUUUUGAUAGUUCCAGCCUGUAGACCAACUAUAACUUCAUUAACGUACAGGUUCCUGUCUAAAACCUCCAUUUUGGAAACUCAGUCAUGGUUGCAGGUGUGUAUUCUAAUAACUUCACUGUUGAGAUAGCAUGAACAUUUUUAUUACAAACUUUACCCAUGAAAAAAUAGUUCUUUUUCUUUUUUUGGGAGGGGGCUGUGAAAUGAUACUUAAGACUGUAUUCCAUAGUGGAACUUGCAGCAAGUUUCUUGUAUCUUCGCCAUAUGUGUCAAAAAAGUGAAAUUUUGUCUUAGUAAAAGUAGGACAAUCUUA